AGGGCAGUGGCAGUUCUUCUUGACCAUGGCUUGGAUCCUAUGGCUCUUACUGACAUGGGGUGGACGCCCCUGAUCCUGGCGGCUGACAAGGGACACGACGAUGUUGUUCAUGAACUGCUUGACAGAGGUGUUGAUAUCGAGCAGACGUGUAGGAAUCUGUGGACCCCUCUCUGCAUGGCUGCAAGUCGCGGCGACUAUAACAUGAUCGGGCUCCUGCUCAACCGCGGGGCCAACAUUGCGGCCCGGGCAAUGGGUGGAUGGUUUCCGCUCGCGCUGGCUGCGUCCAAUGGCCACGAUCCCGCAGUCAAUCUGUUGAUAGGCUAUGGGGCUGACAUUCAUAUGACCAACUACAACGGCUGGACGCCUCUCAUGGCCGCUGCGGACAAUGGCCACAGCUCGACGGUCAUGAUCCUCCUGGACAAGGGCGCUGAGGUGGAGGCCAGGAGCACAAACGGGUGGACGGCUCUCCUCUGUGCUGCCGAC